UUUCUAACGAUUACAUUUUUGACGUUAUUUGUUUUGAAAGUUGCUAAUAAUGACUAUCGAUAAUUCGAAGAAAAAUGUGCAUUUAAAAAAUUAUCUCACCAUGAAAUAUUAUUGUUUUUGUUGUUCUUUUCGUUGUCUUGUGAAAAUUUCAAAGAACGUGCAUACUAGACAUUGUUCUAACAUGAAGGGAAAUUACAAAGAUGCUAUCAAAAAGUUAAAAGAUCUUCAAAGUAAUUCAAAUUAUCUCAAAGGUGUUGUAAACAAUUCAAUAAUGAAUUCUGCCAAAUUGGAAGAUACAGAGAAAUAUUUAAUUAGGUCCGGUAUUAAUUUGGAGCAAUUGAAUGAUCUUUCUGUUAUACAUGUAGCUGGUACUAAAGGAAAAGGCUCCGUUUGUGCUUUUGUAGAAGCAAUAUUGCGGAUUCACGGAUUUAGAACAGGUUUCUUUAGUUCGCCUCAUUUAAUUACCGUUAGAGAACGAUUAAGGAUAAAUGGUUCUCCUAUAAAUGAAACAGAUUUUGCUUAUUACUUUUGGAAAGUAUAUAAUAAGUUAGAUAAUACGAAGGAAUUUGAAUCAGACAUACCAAUGUAUUUCAAAUUUCUUACUGUUUUAAUGUUCAACGUAUUUUUAUAUGAAAAUAUAGACGUAGCAAUUAUAGAAGUUGGAAUUGGCGGUGAAUAUGAUUGUACCAAUAUUGUAAAAAAUCCUGUAUGCGUAGGUAUAACAAGUUUAGGAUUAGAUCAUACUUAUUUGUUAGGAAAUACAAUAGAAGAAAUAGCAUAUCAAAAAUCUGGGAUUUUCAAGGCAAAUACAAUAGCAUUUACUGUUCCUCAAAAAGAGGAAGCUUUAGGAAUUUUAAAAGAGAGAGCAAUUGAAAGGCAAUGCACAUUACAUGUUAUACCAUCAUUUAAGUAUUAUGAAUGGGAAAAUGACAUGUUAAAUGAUAAAAUGUUAAGUCAGAUUAAACAGCAAAAUGCAUCUUUAGCUAUACAGUUGGCGGUUCAUUGGAUGCAAUCUCAAAUUAAUUCAAACUAUUCUUCGACAAUUAAUAAUAAUAUAUAUAAUAAGAAACUCUGUAACAACUUACAAGAAAAUAAUGUAGGAGGGAACAUAAAAAAUAUUCAUCGGAAAAAACAAGAAACGAUAGAUAAACAAAUUAACGCAAGAUAUAUAUCAUUUGAAAAGAUCGCAACUGCAUUAUCUACGUGUGUAUGGCCAGGUCGACAACAGACUUUAAAAGGUACUUUAUUUGAUUUUUAUUUAGACGGUGCUCAUACUUUGGAAAGUAUGGAUUGUUGUAUUUCUUGGUUUAAUAAUCAAAUAGAAGAUAGUUAUGGUAAUCGAUAUUUGAUUUUUAACAUGACUGGAAAACGCGAUGCAUCUUCAUUCAUGGAUCGUUUGAAAACUAUAAAAUUUCAUAAAAUUUAUUUCGUACCUAAUAUUACUGGAAUAUCAGAUAUAGAUGAUCUGACAACUGACGAAAUAAUAGAUGAACAAAAAAUGCAAUGUAAGAAGUAUUGCAAAAUGUGGGGAGAACAGUCCCCGCAUGUUGUAAAAAUCGUUGCAAAUAACAUCAUGGAAGUUUUCAAUGAUAUUAGGAUGGAACAUGUGCACAAUGACGAAACUAUUAUUUGCAAAGAUAAAUCUCAGGUACUUAUAACUGGAUCUUUGCAUUUAGUAGGUGCAGCUCUUGCAAUUUUAGAUCCUAAUUUUACAAUGACUACCAAAUUUUAAAAUUUUAUAUAUAUAUAUAUAUAUAUAUAUAUACAAAAUUUAUAUAUAUAAAUAAAAUAUGCUGCUUAAGUGUGUGUAGAAAUAUUAAAAUUAUAUUAUAACUAUACAAUAUCGAUACAUUGCAUUGUGAUACAUUUACAGUGCGUAUAACGGAGCAUCUAAAUGACUAUUUGUGGACAGUUUAUUUGUACUUCAAUAUAAACGGAAUUAUUUUUAAUAAAACUUGAGUGUAUAUAUAAGAUAACAAUUUUUUUUUCUUUUUUUUUUUUUUUUUUUU